AGCAGGAUGGAAGCAUGUGUCAAAAAUUAUUAAAACAUUAAUCAGUUUUAUACUUGAAAACAAAGUUAGCACCCAGCACCAAGAAAAUGGACAUUGUUAAUUCAGUACUUAUGCUUAUCUAUAUUGUCAGUCUCUUGGGUACUGUACUCUGCAAUAAAUCAGUGGUCUCCAAGAUUGAUGGCUUUCAAAAACAAUGUGAGGAUCCAGGUUGUCGUUACACUGGAAAGAUCGUUGGAAGCGUCACAUUCAAUGGGCCCGAUGACUCAAGGUUUAGGAACUGUGUUUACAUUUUUAUUCAGUCCUCUAUUGACAGUGGAUCUAACUGGAAGACCAUGUGUGCUACAAGUAGGUUUCUAUGCCAACCAUGCGCAAAUCUCAACUCAGCUUGCAGAUGCUCUGGACAAAACCCACUCUUAAUCGAAUUCUAUCCAAACCAAGAUGCAAUGUAUCAGGUCACUAUUAUAGGGACUAAUAAUUGGGAUGGAAAAUGGCCUGCGGCUUUCCCUAUUGUUUCUACAAGCAAUAUAUUUGACUCAACCACCAAGCCAGAUAACUGGAACCCGAUUUCCGUUCAGUUCUCAAGCAAUGGAAACAAUCAACUUACCAAAGGAACUAACAUUGUUGGUAUAACAACUCUGUUUGCUUUCCUCCUACGCAACAUCAUGUUUGAUGACUAAGGAUAAAGGAAAAAGCUUGGUUUUGAUGGCAAACAAAAUGUGGUUAUUCAUUAAGAAAACAGGAAUGUUACAUCAUGUGAUACUUUAGCAUCUAUAUGUGAUAUUUCAGCAAACAUAAUUAGUACGUGUCUAAAACACUAUGUAAGCCUAUUCAAAACAUAAUUAGUAUGUAGGUCUAUUUAAAUUUAAAGCAUAAUUAGUAUGUAUCCGGUUUCCUUUCGGCAGCUCCGGCCACACAGCUUAUUCCAAGUUAUAUAGCCUAUAUAACAUGUCCCUUGGGUCGUUCAGUCGUGUGGAGAGAGGGGGGGGGGGGCUGAUACGUGGGCAACAUUUAGCUCUUCUCAACUUCAGGCCCAGGCUUUGUGCAUGGAUUCCCAUCACGCAAUCACUCAAUGGUCUAUUAGACUAUGUAGCCAUAUUAUUAUUAUGUAUCUAAAACAUAAUUACCAUAUAUUUUAAACAUGAUUAGUAAGUGUGUAAAAUAGUUGACAGACUGGUGUAUUAAAGCUACACGCUCUUGUCCGCAUCAAAUGAUGGUUUAAAACAAUGGCAAUAACAUAGCUAGUUAGCACAACAAAUGCAAAAAUGUUGAAAAUUGUAGUAAAAUGUUAUCAAUUACAGUAAAAUGAAAACAGACUAAUUACUUAGGGAUAACACUGAUAUGAACAAGCAGAUUUUAUCAGUGAAUUUAACUUUUGUUAUGUAUAUCUUAUUUACCCUAAUAAAAUCCAUUGAAAAUUAUGUAUUGUAAAUCAGCAUUUUAAUUUAUAGUAGUUUUAGAAUUAUCAAUACGAAUAAUAAACUGCAUGUCCAAAAGCA